CGCACUCCACCCGGGCCGGAGGCUGCGACGAUGCCUCUAACCACUGACCACGGCUGGAACCUUGGGCACAUUUCCUUCACCGUGGAAUAGAAAUCUAUUCCUCUUUAGCUAAUUUAGCCUCUCACCGUUUAAAAUGUGUUUUAUUUCCAAGCUGGCGACGAGGUGAGGUGAAAGCGACGGCGCUGGAAGCCCAAGAUAGAAGCGCUUUAGUGAGAGGAGUACGGAGGGGAGGGAGGCAGGGAAGGAGACCGCGGCGCUGUGUUGUCUUCUAAGAGGAUAAAGAGGGGGGGUAAAAGGGAAAUCGAGCUAUAUUUAAGCGGGCUGUUUCGGGCCAGCCUCUGGUGCCACCAUGAGCAGCAGCGGGCCGGAUGAGAGCUCGGUGCGAGUCGCCCUGAGGAUCCGUCCUCAGCUGGCCAAAGAGAAGAUUGAGGGCUGUCACAUCUGUACGUAUGUGAUGCCAGGAGAGCCCCAGGUGGUCCUAGGUAAGGACAAGGCCUUCACCUUUGAUUAUGUCUUCGAUAUGGACACCCAGCAGGAAACGCUCUACACCCACUGCACCGAGAGGCUCAUCGAGGGCUGCUUUGAGGGCUACAACGCCACAAUCUUUGCGUAUGGACAGACGGGUUCAGGAAAGACGUACACCAUGGGAACCGGCUUCGAUGUCAACAUUGGAGAGGACGAGCUGGGCAUCAUUCCCCGAGCCGUGAACCACCUGUUCAGAGGAAUUGAGGAGCGCAGACAGGCUGCCACCGAGCAGGGCAGGCCUGUACCAGAGUUCAAGAUCAAUGCGCAGUUCCUGGAGCUGUACAAUGAGGAGGUGCUGGACCUGUUCGACACAACUCGAGACCUCGAAGCCAGGAAGCAGAAAUCCAACAUCAGAAUCCACGAGGACGCCACCGGAGGCAUCUACACCGUGGGCGUCACCACCCGCACCGUCACCUCUGCGGCCGAGAUGAUUCAGUGUCUGAAACUGGGCGCUCUGUCUCGCACCACCGCCAGCACCCAGAUGAACGUCCAGAGUUCACGCUCCCAUGCCAUCUUCACCAUCCACUUGUGCCAAGUGCGGGUGUGCUCCCCUGACAAUGACAAUGCAACAGAUAACCGUCUGGCUAAUGACUCUGAAAUUGAUGAGUUUGAGACUCUGACAGCCAAGUUCCACUUUGUGGACCUGGCAGGUUCUGAGAGGUUAAAGAGAACUGGAGCUACAGGAGACAGAGCGAAAGAGGGCAUCUCCAUCAACUGUGGACUGCUUGCCCUGGGAAAUGUCAUCAGUGCUCUCGGAGACAGGAGUAAGCGCUCCACUCACGUGCCUUACAGAGACUCCAAACUGACCCGGUUGUUGCAGGAUUCACUGGGUGGCAACAGUCAAACCGUGAUGAUCGCCUGUAUCAGCCCGUCAGACAGGGACUUCAUGGAGACCUUGAAUACGCUAAAGUAUGCCAACCGGGCCCGAAACAUCAAGAACAAGGUGAUGGUGAACCAGGACAGGGCCAGCCAGCAGAUCAGCACCCUGAGGACAGAGAUAGCACGGCUGCAGAUGGAGCUGAUGGAGUAUAAAACUGGAAAGCGUAUGGUGGGUGAAGACGGCAUGGAGGGCAUCAACGACUUGGUCCACGAAAACUCCAUGUUGCAGACAGAGAACAACAACCUGAGAGUGAGAGUGAAGGCCAUGCAGGAGACCAUCGAUGCCCAGAGAGCCCGACUCACUCAGAUCCUCAGUGAUCAGGCCAACCAGGCUCUGAACAAAGCAGGUGAAGGUAACGAAGAAAUCGGAAACAUGAUUCAGAACUACAUCAAAGAAAUCGAGGAGCUCAGAGCCAAACUUCUGGAGAGUGAGGCCGUUAAUGAGAACCUCAGGAAGAAUCUGUCCCGGGCCUCCACUCGUUCCUCGCUGUACGCCGGCCCCACCUCCUUCUCCCCGGCCCUCCUCGCUCCGGAGAAGGAGGCCAGCGACGUCAUUGAGAUGGCCAAGAGGGACCUGGAGAAACUCAAGAAGAAGGAGAAAAAGAAGAAGAAGAGUGUUGUCAAAGAGGAGUUCCCAGACAACGAUCAGGAAAGAGGAAAUGAGGAGGCAGAGGUGGUAGGUGACCACAUUAAACAGUUCGAUCAGUCUGUAAAGAUGUUGUUCGCAUUUUACUCACUGUUGUUUCUUUCAAUUCACCAGGAGGGCAGUGACCACGAAGAAGGUGAGGACGCUGAUGGAGAAGAGGAGGACUUUGACAUGGCGGGAGAGGAGACAUCUGAGGAGUCUGAUUCUGAAGAACUGGAAGAGAAAGAAAACGUUCAGGCCGACCUGGCCAACAUCACCUGUGAGAUCGCCAUCAAGCAGAAGCUGAUAGAUGAGUUGGAGAACAGCCAGCGACGUCUGCACACGCUCAAACAGCAGUACGAACAGAAGCUGAUGAUGCUGCAGAACAAGAUCAGAGACACGCAGCUGGAGAGGGACAAAGUCCUGCACAAUAUGGGUUCAGUGGAGUCUGGUACGGAGGAAAAGGCCAAAAAGAUCAAAGCAGAAUACGAGAGGAAGCUGAGCUCCAUGAACAAAGAGCUGCAGAAGCUCCAGUCGGCUCAGAAGGAGCAUGCCCGCCUGCUGAAGAACCAGUCGCAGUAUGAGAAGCAGCUCAAGAAACUCCAGCAGGAUGUGACCGAGAUGAAGAAAACCAAAGUGUCACUGAUGCGCCAGAUGAAGGAACAACAGGAGAGGAACAGGGCCACAGAGUGCAGGAGGAACAGAGAGAUAGCCUCUCUGAAGAAGGACCAGCGCCGAGCAGAGCACCAGCUGAGGCAGCUUGAGGCCCAGAAGAGACAACAGGAGCUGAUCCUUCGCAGGAAGAAUGAAGAGGUGACAGCUCUUAGGCGCCAGGUGAGGCCCAUGUCUGGAAAGGUGAGCAGGAAAGUGAGCCUACCUGAACCUCCUCAGGAAUCCUCUCAUAAAGCAGUCCCAGGAAGGCUACAGUCCUCUGGUCCAAGCCCUUUUAAUGGAGCCAGGAGUUCCCCCGUGCGGAUGGGAAGUAUCUACCUCACCAGAUCAGCCAGGGUUAAGUGGCAGUCACUGGAGCGACGCAUCAAUGACAUCAUCAUGCAGAGGAUGACCAUCUCUAACAUGGAGACAGAUAUGAACCGACUACUGAAGCAACGCGAGGAGCUGACUAGACGAAGGGAGCGAGUGUCCAGGAAGAGAGAAAAAAUGGCGGUAGAUGGGGCGGAUGCCGACCGCUCCCUUGUGUCUCUGAACGAGGAGCUGGAGUCUCUGAGCGCCAACAUCGACUACAUCAACGACAGCAUCGCCGACUGCCAGGCCAACAUCAUGCAGAUGGAGGAGGCCAAGGAGGAAGGAGACACAGUGGAUGCUGCUGCUGUCAUCAGUUCCUGUAACCUAUCAGAGGCCCGCUUCCUUCUUGACCAUUUCAUGACUAUGGCCAUUAAUAAGGGUCUGCAGGCAGCUCAAAAGGACUCCCAGCUGAAGGUGAUGGAGGGCAGGCUGAAGCAGACAGAGAUCAACAGCGCCACGCAGAACCAGCUGCUCUUCCACAUGCUGAAGGAGAAAGCUGAGAUCAACCCGGAGCUGGACGCCCUGCUGGGCAGCGCCCUGCAAGAGUUAGGUUACCUGUCGCCAGAGAACGGAGAUGACAGCAGCAGUGAUGAGUCCACCCCCAGUCCAGCCGCAGAGGGCAGCACACCGGCAUCAGAAUUAAUGAAGAUAUGUAAUGAAUCCAGACCAAGAAGCAAGGCUCGAAGGCGAACUGCCACCCAGAUGGAGCUGCUUUAUGCCAGCAGCGGAGAUUUGUCCUGUGAAUCUCCCACCGGAGACUUUUCAGCCCCUCUGCUGCCCCUCACAGAGCGCCUGGAAGGACCGGCAGAUAUGCAGGGUCAAGCGGUUGGUCAAACCGCUGACCGUGAGCAAACUGUUUCCCCAUCUGCACUGUCUGCCAGGCCAGCUGGCAUUUCCAGAUCCAGGUCACCUACAGGAGCUGAGAGGAAGCAAGUGGAGCGCUCACCGCUCAGCCGCAGGAAGAUGCAAGAGAAAGGAGCCACGGUGUCACACAUCCCAGCGCCUGUACACACAGCUGCAGGUAGCACAGCGGACACGAAAACCAAAGUCAGCGACUACAAAUCCCUGUUGGAGGAAUCACCUGUAUUUGAAGGCCACAGAGGUGUCAUCAACCCCGUGACAGCCCCUAAGAACAGCCGGGGAGCCAAACUUCAGUGCGUUUAUGUAGCUGAAGGCCACACCAAGCCCGUUCUUUGUGUAGAUGCCACUGAUGACCUGCUGUUCACAGGUUCUAAAGACCGUACAUGUAAGGUCUGGAACUUGGUGACAGGUCAGGAGAUCAUGUCUCUGGCUGAUCAUCCCAGCAGUGUUGUCUCAGUCAGGUACACUUCCAGCCUCGUCUUCACUGUUUCCACUGCUUACAUCAAAGUUUGGGACAUACGAGACUCUGCCAAGUGUAUCCGCACACUGACGUCGUCAGGCCAGGUGGGCUCAGGAGACACCUGUUCUUCUGUUCGGAGUUUAUCCAUCCCACCUGGAGAAAGCCAGAUCAAUCAGAUUACUCUCAACCCCUCUGGCUCUUUCCUGUAUGCUGCUGCUGGCAACGCUGUGCGCAUGUGGGACCUUCGCAAAUUUGCGUCCACGGGGAAGCUGACUGGCCAUUUGGGGCCUGUUAUGUGUCUGACAGUCGAAAGGUUGGGCAACGGGCAGGACCUGGUGCUCACUGGUUCCAAAGACCAUCAUAUUAAAAUGUUUGAGGUAACAGAAGGUGCUCAGGGCAGCAUCACCUCCAGCCACACGUUUGACCCCGCCCAUCAGGACAGUGUGGAGUCUCUCACUUUACAUGGAGAUAUUUUCUACAGCAGCUCCAGAGACUAUUAUAUUAAAAAGUGGGACUUGGCCAGUAAGCAAAUGUUACAGUCGGUCAAUGCCAAGGCAGACUGGGUUAGUGCUCUGGGCGUGGUGCCAGGCUCCCCGGUUCUGCUCAGUGGAUGCAGAGGAGGGCUGCUGCGCCUUUGGCACGCUGACUCGCUAGCACCCCUCGGAGAGGUCCAAGGACACGACAGUCCGAUCAAUGGCCUGGCUACUAACAGCAGCCAACUGUUCACUGCCUCUGAUGACCGAACUGUAAAGAUUUGGGAAGCCAGAGGAUCUCUGGAGGAUGGAAUUUACUGACAGCUGAUUCCCGACACAGGAUUGUCCACUGGCUUUCAGUCAAUCAACAUGAAUCAUUUGAGAGGUCACUACAACAUCUUUGACUUGAGAGAUUAUUGAUUUGGGAAUCCAGAGAGGGUCUAUUAUGGCAGGAUAGGCCCCCCCAAAAAAACUUAAAGCAGCCCUAAUGCUUAUCUUGGAUCAGUUUCAGAGAAAUCAGUCUUUCCAGGUGAAUAGAGUUACUGAUAUUUUAGGUCAAACAGAUCAUCAGGGAAACUCUCAAGCUAAUUAUAACGGUGACAGUAAUAGUGAAAGGAAAAGUAUGGAUUUAUUGAUCCAGGAGUUUCCAGUGUUUUAAGCAUUCCCCAAUCAGUAUUCCUUUUUGAAAGAGGAAACCAGAUGAAACUAUUUGCUUCCUUGCACCAAUUGUUCUUCAUCAAAACCAAGACUGGUGAAAAUGUCUGUCCCAAGACAAGACAUGGAGAUAUUUAUGCUCCAGCAAUAACUGUGAGUCUGUUCUUUGUGUUCACAUGAUGUGCAGUGUGUAGUGUCUUCCUGGCAUUGUUGUGCUGCUCCCUUUAUGUAUGCCUGUAUUCUCAGUUAUCAAGGACCAACUGAAACUGCAUAUGGUCUUAAUAUUCAGCUGUUACUGCCAAAGCCACCAGGUGAGAUUAGAGGCCACAAAGUAAGGCUUAGACUGUGCUCCUUUGGUUUAGGCCUAUUUAAAUGAGAACGUUUUCAGAUGAAAACAGUAAAGUAAUUUCCAUGACAGUCCCUGAAAACGGCACAAUUUGAAAACAGGUCUGAGAGUGGAGUGUUUUCAAAAUGCUCCAUUCUCCACCUCAGUGUGAACAGCUAAAACGCUACUUUUUGAAAUCAGGUGGUACUAGCGACAUGCACACUAUGGUUACGACUCCUAUACACAUGCCGCCAACUUGGCGUGGCCUGGCAUGGGAAAUACAGCGUUUUCAACAUCUCUUGUGGUUCCGUCUGAACGCAUUACUUUUCGAAAACAAUAACGAAAAACGAUACUGUUUCCACUGGAUUGUUCUUGUGUAAAUGGGAACUUAGUCAGCGUUAAGUCAUUUUUAUUUAAGUUACAAUAAAAUAUCUCCACCAAAUUGCAUGAAUCACAGCUGAAUAACACUAUUCCUAUAUUACAUAUUGCCUUAUAAAAGCAGAGAACAUUCUUUGCAGAACAUUACCUUUCAAAAGGCUACUUUGUUAAGCAACUUAACAGUAUAUAUUCUAAAAUCCAUGAUAAUUCAAAGUGUAAUUUAAUAUUUUUAAUAAUUAAAUGUAGCUAAAUCACAUGAAAUCAUGUGAAUUUGCCUAGCUUAAGAGGCUAAGACAGAAUCUGUUGUAAUGCUGCUAAGCCAGACUAGUUAGCUUUUAGUAUAACUAGUUUAGCUGAUAUUUUUUGGCAGUUACAAGAAAACAGUAGCUACAGCACAAUUCUUUCAGUUAAAGAAAGCUCAAUUAUGAAGAUACGUGAAUAUUAAAUCGCAUUUUAAAUUUCAAAAACAGUUGGAAAAAGUGCUAGCUAGCUAGCUGCAAAUCUGUUAUUAUAUUUUAUUGUAUUUGCCAACAGAUUGAUUUCCUAGUUGGCAAAACACUUACUAAAUGUCAGAUAUUUUUGACUGCAUAUUGGUCCAAGUUGUUUGGCCUUUUAAAACCCAAGCAGGACAGCCAGAUUGAAACAGAUAAGAAUGGAGGGUUUUCCCUGUUACCUAAACUUGUAACAGUAUCAGACUGAACUGAAUGAUGUGAUUGUAAAUCAUUCGUGUUAAAGGAAUCAACCACCUUGUAAUUCCCAAGUCAUGAGACACAGUAUGAGUUACACUCUUGUGAAAGCAUCCAUCCUUGAAAUGUGUAUAUGUGUGUGUUUUUCCAAAAAAAAAAAAAAAAAAAUGAUGUGAUAGGUUCUUAUUCAGUUGUUCAUGUACAGUACUGUCCACCUCUGCUGUUUUAGUACCUGUAAACUGCACACAUGCUGCAGUUAAAAGCAUUUCAAAGAUCCUUCAAUCUUUCAAACGUGUCUAAAAUGUUAUUUAUUUUUUCUUUGAUUUUGCUGUUGUGUCUUAUCCACUGAAAAUUUUUGAAUUCUUUCCACCUAAUACCUCUGAUAUCUUGCUGUUGUAGACGUUGGACUACACAGAAUUUGUGGAACAAAUAUCUUGAUUUAUACAGGGGUAUUAUCAGUGCCUGUAAUAAAUCCUGAACUGUAUGCAGUGACUAAGAAAUCACUACCUGAUAAAUGUGGGCUAUCCCUUAUUAAAAAGUUCAGGUAAA